CCAAAACGGGAAAAUAACGGUGGAAUUCUCGGUUGGGGAGUACCUCGUCAAAAGACGAAUGUUAUAAACUCCAGACAACGAUGGCAAUAUGCACUGUUGUAUCUUCUUAACUAGUAAAUAAGCUAGUUUUAAUUCCGGGGGAUAAUCGCUGUGGCAGACAUUGUUUUAUGGCGGGUCUGUCUUAUUUAGUGUUCCGUUUUUCGGGGUCCGCUGGUCGGACUUACGGGGUGUUUUCAAAAGGGUUGACGAGGACUUUGUUGAUAUUUUUUGAUCUCGCUUGGCGACUGCGAAUCAGAUUCCCAUACCUCUACCUCAUCGCUUCGAUGAUGUUCAAUGUGCGAUUACAGGUCCAUAUCGAGAUUCACUGAGUGAGUUACAACUGCCACAAUUGAGGACCCAACACCCCUGACUCUGCUCAUUAGUGUGCAUCAUCAGUCAGAACUUCCCAAAGAGACACCCUGCAGACCUCACACAAUCAACAAUGUGGAAGAGGGCACCAGAAUCAGGAGCCAGUACACAACAGUUGUCUCAGCCACCCCUUGUCAUAGGAACCCAGCGCCUUUGCUUGGGAAGGACACCAUGAUGAUGUCAUUAACAAUGGCCGCCGGGGUGUGCAGAGAUCUGUGAGGCUAUAUUGGGAUACAUCUCUCACAGCCACUCGCCAGCAAAGAUUCUUGAGCCACCCAUCUGGUCAGAGGAGACAUCGGGAAGGAUGACCAGUGGAAUACGACACUGCCUUUUUGUCGCAGACCAUAAGGAGGACUGAGAAACGGAAAUGAUGAUGACAAUGGAAUUAAUGUUUUUGGAACCUUUGUCUUGUUUCUUCUUCCUCUUAGAGUUAUGUUUGAGGUGUUCAUCAGUGCUCAUCUGUAGUCGUCUCUGAAGGGAAAACUGGAACCUUGUCAUAUAGUUCCUCUCAUAUUGAAACAUAAGUAUCCACUAGCUUACAUCUCCACCGCAUGACAUAAACCAGUGCAUGUUUUUUGUUCUCAGUGGUUUGGGCAUUUAUUUUAGCGGUUUUGGAAAAGUGUGUUUGCCAAUGGAAGGACGGUGAAGUGAGUUGGACAGAGGAAGAGGAGAAAUGUCAGUGUAGGUCAGCAGGGCUAUUGUUACAACCUUUCAGUGUGGGAACGGUCACCAAUCAGUGUUGGAACGGUCACUUUUCGGUGUGGGAACGGUCAUCUUUCAGUGUGAGAACGGUCACCUUUCAGUGUGGGAACGGUCACCUUUCAGUGUGGGAACGUCCCCUUUCAGUGUGGGAACGGUCCCCUUUCAGUGUGGGAACGGUCCCCUUUCAGUGUAGGAACGGUCCCCUUUCAGUGUAGGAACAGUCUCCUUUCAGUGUGGGUACGGUCACCUAUCAGUGUUGGAACGGUCUCCUUUCAGUGUGGGAACGGUCAUCUUUCAGUGUGAGAACGGUCACCUUUCAGUGUGGGAACGGUCAUCUUUCAGUGUGAGAACGGUCACCUUUCAGUGUGGGAACGGUCACCUUUCAGUGUGGGAACGGUCACCUUUCAGUGUGGGAACGGUCACCUUUCAGUGUGGGAACGGUCCCCUUUCAGUGUGGGAACGCUCCCCUUUCAGUGUGGGAACGCUCCCCUUUCAGUGUAGGAACGGUCCCCUUUCAGUGUAGGAACAGUCUCCUUUCAGUGUGGGUACGGUCACCUUUCAGUGUGGGAAUGGUCACCUUUCAGUGGGUACGGUCACCUUUCAGUUAUAGAAAUAGCAAGGUGCUUGUUGUGUAAUGUAAUCUAUCCUUAGUGUCACAACUCCUCACAAUUAUUUAGAAUGGAAUUUUGCAGUGUAGGUGUAAUGCAAAGAGUAAGGAUCCAGGAAAGGAAUGACUGCAUGACACACACUUGUGUCACCGACUUGUCUGUAUCGGUCAUUGGCGCUAACGAGGUGGCAUUUUAGGUUUGAAAUAAAUGGUUUAUGAUUUUGUCUUUGGUAUGUACUCAUCCUUAUUUCUCAGUAAAGCAUUUGUGGGUUUUGUCAUUUCUUAUAGUCACUUAAUUAAAAGGGUAAGGAAUGUAAUAUGUUUGUACCUCCUUGGAAACAAUAAAUUAUUAAACAAUUGAC